AUUCGGUCACCGACUAUGGGCGUCACCAAGGCGCCGGUGAUCUGGUCAGUCGGCGUGGUGGUUGCAGCGCUCAUUGUCGCAGCUCAAGGAUCGCCGUCGUCUGCCCGCCGCCGCUACAGUUUCUUCGAAGACGACGGCCUGAGUCGCCAUCACCGUCACCGUCACUACGAUUUCGUCAUAAAAGAGAAUAACUACACGAGGCUCUGCCGUGAAAAGACCAUCCUCACCGUCAACGGCGAGUUCCCCGGCCCGACCAUCUACGCGAGGAAGGGCGACGUCGUCGUUGUCAACGUCUUCAACCAGGGCGAUAAGAACAUCACCCUCCACUGGCACGGGGUGAACCAGCCGCGAAGUCCGUGGUGGGACGGGCCGGAGUACAUAACGCAGUGCCCGAUCCAGCCGGGCAAGAAAUUCACCUAUCGGAUCAUCUUCUCCGAGGAGGAAGGCACGCUGUGGUGGCACGCGCACAGCGCCAUGGACCGCGACACCGUGCAUGGCGCCAUCGUCAUCCGCCCCCGGCGCGGCACAACCUACCCAUUCAGCAAACCGCACCGAGAGAUACCCAUCAUACUUGGGGAAUGGUGGAACAACGACAUUCGGCAAGUGCUCGCCGACGCCACCUCCACCGGCAGCGACUUCCAGCCUUCAGACGCCAACACCAUCAACGGCCAGCCCGGUGACCUGUUCGCUUGCUCCAGCAAUGGCACCUUCAGGCUGCCAGUCAAGCGUGGCAAGACCUACAUGCUCCGGAUCAUCAACGCAGCCCUGACCAACGGAUUUUUCUUCGCCGUCGCCGGGCACCGCAUCACCGUGGUCGGCUCUGACGCUUCCUACACCAAGCCGUUCAGCGUCGACCACGUAUUCAUCGAUGCCGGCCAAACGGUGACCGCGCUGCUCAAGGCCCGCCGUGGCCGCUCAAACGCCCGGUACUUCUACAUGGCGUCGAGGCCGCUGGCGACCAACCCGCAGGCCACCGUCGACAACAGCACGGCCACCGCCGUCCUGGAGUACGUCGACGCUCCCGCGGCGCCGGUCUAUGCGGCGCGUGACCUCCCCAGCCUUCCUGCCAUCAACGACAGCUCUGCGGCGGCCGCGUUCACGGCGCGGCUCAGGUCGCUGGCCAGCAAGGAGCACCCGGCCGACGUGCCCCGGCACGUCGACGAGCACAUGCUCGUCACGGUGGAGGUGAACGAGAUCGCGUGCGCGCCCGGCGAGGCAUGCAAGGGGCCCCACGGCAACCGCUUCGCGUCGAGCCUCAACAACGUGAGCUUCGAGACGCCGCGGAGCGACAUCCUCGGAGCCUACUACCGCUCCGCCGUCGGCGGCGUGGUCAGGACCGACUUCCCCGACAACCCGCCGUCGCCCUUCAACUUCACGGCCGACGACCUGCCCCCGGAGCUCGCGCUGACCGCGAGAGACACGAGGGUGAAGGUGCUGGAGUACGGCACCGUCCUGGAGGUGGUGUUGCAGGGCACGACCAUCCUCGGCGGCGACAGCCAUCCCAUGCACCUGCACGGGUUUAGCUUCUACGUGGUGGGGAGAGGGAUUGGCAACUUCGACAAGCCCACGGACCCGGCCAAGUACAACCUGGUCGACCCGCCGUACCAGAACACCGUCUCCGUUCCCAGGAAUGGAUGGGUUGCAAUCCGCCUCCGUGCAGAAAACCCUGGCGUAUGGUUCAUGCACUGCCAUUUCGAGCGCCACAUGGUAUGGGGGAUGGAAACGGUGUUCAUCGUGAAGAACGGCAAGGGACCAAAUGCUAAGAUCAGGCCACCACCUCCAAAUAUGCCCAGGUGUUGACAGAGCAAGAAGACAUUUUUUCAUACAUUUUUCAAAUCUUCCAUUUGGCGAGCAAGAAAUAAAAACUAGUUAGAGCUGAAAGGGUUUUUGUAGCUACAGAAUUAAGAGAU